AUGGUGGAACCUGCCUCUGAUACUUCGGAUAUGCAGAGGUUUGAUGAGAUGUUCAUCCACCUCACACCACGAGCAGCUUCUACACCAUUCUCUGUAUGUCAUGACACUGAAGGAAACAUCUGGGUAGCCAGCAAAGGUGGGCUUUUCAAGUUCGACCCUGAACGCAGAACAACUCUAUGGAUGAGCAAGAACCCAUUCCCUAAGAAGAUGGCAGGUUUUCCUCAAGUAGUUUGCCACAAGGAUACGAUCAUCUACACUUCAGCAGAAGAUCAGUUGAAAACAACAGAAAUGAAGUUUUAUACCUUAAAUGGAGAAUUGAAAACAGAGCAGUAUAUUGAUGGAUUGCUAUUUUCUCUGGUUAUCACUGAGAAUGGAGAUAUUUACUUCAGUAAACAACCUGAGGGUAAGGAUUCCUCUAUUUACAAAACAACUAUCGAAUGUCCGAUUGAUUGCGAAAAGUUGUGCAGUUUGGAGGAAGCUGAAUGUUUCCAAACUCUCUGUAUACUAGACGAAAAUCGCUUGAUGUGUUCAAUCGCCUCUAGACCAGUCAAUUUGUAUUCAAAACAACGAGUAGUGAUAAUCAAUACUACGACCGGAGAAAUUAUGAAAAGUUUCGGUGAAGCUGGUAAAGAAGAUGAGAAGAUAUUCUUCCCACGUUCUAUCAGACCGUAUAAGGAUGAUAUUGUCAUGAUGGAUAAAACUGGACGGUUCAUGAGAUUCACUAAGGAAGGUGAAUAUCUUGCGCUACUAGCAAAAGUUGACGCUUUCCUCGCUAAUAGUUUCUGUAUCAAAGAUGACAAAGCUUUAAUUGCUUUCAGUGGAGUAGUGUAUGACAAGCACAUGAGAUCAAUCGUUGAUGAUUGGUUAGAGUGGAUCAAUUUGGAUGGCUCAAGUUGGAAGCAGCAGCGAGAAGAAGCUAAAGCGAAAGAAGCUGAAGCAAAGAAAGCUGAAGCUUAA